AUGGUGCUACUAGGCGGUCUGGAGCUCGUUGCCGCGGGCUAUCUUCUCAAAGAGAUUGGAAAAGACAACAAAGACGAAGAGGAGGAGAAACGUGAGAGGCGACGAAGACGACGCCGUCAUUCUCGAGACAGCUAUGACCACGGUGGCCAUCAGCACGGCCGUCACGAUGGCUCGCCUCCCAGUCGACACAGCCGGCCUCAGCAUCAGCAACAGCAACCGCAGCAAUACAUGCCGCAGCAACAGCAACAGCAGCUGAUGCCGCCUUCGCAUCCUGCCGGGCCUCCACGACCGUACAGCGCACCUCCACCACAGAAUCGUCCGUCGACCGGCCCGCCGGCGGGGUGGCAGCAGUCUCAUCCUCACCCUCCGCAGACGCAAUCACAGACCGCGCUACAAAACCAUGGAAUUUGGCCGCAACAGGCGCAACGGCCGGGACAAGUGCCGAUCCAACGUCCCAAUGGCUUUGCUCCCCAGGCUUUGCAACGCCCUGGGACUGGAACAUGGUAUCCUCCGCCAGGCAUGCAUCUGGACAUGAAGACGGGCAAGUUGCAGUCCAACAUGUACCCGCCGGAGAUGUUUGAGGCCCAAAAGCAAAAGCAAAACCAGAGCCAAAGCCAAAGCCAGAGCCAGAGCCAGAGCCAGAGCCGAGAGCAGAAGCGGCGAGAUACCGUGGACCAACGCAGCCAGGAUCGCCCUGGCAAUCGACAGCAGCAGCAGCAACGGGAGCACUUUGUGCCGACGACCUAUAGCCAGCCGGCGCUCAGUCACUCGCAGCCCCAGAUCAACGUGACACCCGUUCCAGCGGCAGAUCAAGGCCGGCCCUUGUUCUCCAGCCCGCCGCCGCAAGGAUAUGCUGAACUUGAUGCUGAGACCCCUGGGCGGUACAGACCGUAUGGCGACGAAAAGCGGAAAACGAAGUCGAGUUCAUUCUCGGGCCGGCACGACAGAAACGGAUUCGGUUAUACGGGUGACUUUCACGAUCCACCGCCGGCAUAUCGAGAGUAA